GCUGGUGACGUUUGGUACUCGACGGUUGACAGCAGUAAAGUCUGUAAACAAAACAGAAGAUACCUUUACUUUUCUUUGAUUUAAAGGGACGAAAUGGAUUAAGUUAUGACGUUUUUUAAUUUAAAUUAGUGCUGAACGACGUGUUGUAGUUAUUAUUAUUUGUUUUUCCUGUUUACUUUUCCAUCAUGGAUGACGAGGGCCCCCAGGCCCUGUGCGACCUCUGUUUGACUCAGGUGUGCGGCAGCCUGGACGCUCUGUGCAGCAGGCGAGCAGACGGCUCCAUGUGCCUCAGCUGGGCCCCAGUCUUCCCACAGGAGAUGGCAGACCAGUUACUGCAUAAGAUGGCAACUAAAGGGAUACUGAAUGACACAACUGUUGGGAUUUUCCGAAACUGCAAAGAGCUCCGGCUGCGGCGAGCCUCCAUGCGCUGCUGUCCAGUGUCCGCAGAAGCUUUCCGCCUGGCCCUCUGCCCUCACCGGCUCCAGGAACUAGACGCCUCCUGGGCGUCUGGCGGCCUCACCGGGGCCAACAUCAUCUCAGGCCUGGCCUCCAACCCGGAGUGCAGAUCCAGCCUGCAGAGGUUGUCCCUAGCUGGGCUACAGGUGGACUGGGAGUCUGUGGUGGAGGAUGGAGGGACCCGUGUUGGCUUCAGCUCCCUGCAGGGCUUGAGGACGCUCAACUUCGCCAACACAGACCUGACUGAUGUCGUCCUUGAGGAUAUUUGCACUCUACCUCAGCUGGAGAGCCUGGACAUCUCCGGCAGUGCCGUCUCGAAGCUUACAGCACUCCUCGGUUGCAAGAACACGCUGAGAUCUUUGAUCGCCCACCGGCUGCGGCAGCUGGAUAUGUCGCCUGCCAGGUUGCUCUUUGUCUUCAACCAACUUCACUCUCUCAGACAUCUAGACUUUUCAGAGGACCAUUUUUCUGCGGAUGACAGUGACGGGAGAGACGGGGAUGAGACAGUGCGGCAGCUUCUGGAGGCGAGUCCACAGGUCCUCCCCUCCCUUGUUUCUCUAGAUAUCUCUGGACGGAAGAGAACCAGUGAAGGAGCAGUCAGAGCGUUUGUAGAGGCCAGAGGUGGACUGGUCUUCCUGGGUCUGCUAGCCACCGGGGCGAGCUCCUGUGACGUCCUGUCUUCACAGAAAAACCUCAAAGUAACUGGAGAAGCUAAUGAGAACCAGGUGUCUGAGGCCCUGAGAAGGUACAGAGACCGCGAGUGUUUCAUACGAGAGGCCCUCAUCCAUCUCUACAAUCUAACCACCAACAGUGACAAACCACGGCCAGAUAUGCUAAAGCUUGUGCUGAGUGGGAUGCAGAGCCACCCCGCCUCCCUGCACGUCCACCUGGUGGCCACGGCGUGCGUGUUCAACCUGACCACUCAGGACCUGGCGGAGGCCAUGCCCGUCAGCCUGCUCAGCUCCACCGUCACCCAGCUGUUGUCCGCCAUGAAGACCUUCCCCAGCCACCAACAGGUGCAAAAAAACUGCCUGCUGGCACUCUGCAGUGACUACAUCCUUCAGGAAGUCCCUUUUGACAAGUAUUUAGCCGCCACGCUGAUGAUCAACUGGCUGCACAGCCACGAGGAUGCAACCCUCCAGAUGGCUGUGGCUGUCAUCUCCCUUCUGGUGGCCAAGUUGUCCAGAGAGGAGACUGCUCAGCUCGGCAACGACGUCUUUAUCAUGAAGCAGCUGCUGGCUAUCGUGCAGCAGAAAGCCAUGGCGGGAGUGGUGGACACCACGCUGAAGUUCGCCCUGAGCGCUCUGUGGAAUCUGACGGAUGAGACGCCUGCCGCUGCUCGCAAUUUCAUAGAGUGCCAGGGCCUGGAGCUGUACGAGGAGGUUCUUGAGACCUACUACACUGAACCCGCCGUUCAGCAGAAAGUUCUCGGCCUCUUGAACAACAUAGCAGAGGUGGAGGUUUUACAGGCGGACCUGAUGGAGGAAGGCCUGCUGGAACACAUCCUCAACCUGCUGCAGGACUCCCAGGUGGAGGUGGGGGUGCGUUACUUUGCAGGGGGGACCCUGGCACAGCUUGCCUCCAGACCGGAGGCCUGGACCCUGGGAGACGAGCUGCUCAGCACCGUACUGGAGGAGCUGCAUGCAUCCAUAAUGACAUGGACCCAACUCGAGAGAGAAAUGGUCUCUUACAGGUCGUUCCAGCCAUUUUUCCCUCUUCUUGAGACCUGGCAGCCCUCGGGGGUGCAGCUGUGGGCAGUCUGGGCCAUACAUCUGGUCUGCAGUCAAAACACUUCACAUUACAGCAGCAUGAUGGAGGCGGAGGGCGUGACUGAACUUCUGAGGGCUCUGGCUGCACAUCCCAACACACACAGCGACAUUAAAGGACUGACUGACAGCAUCUUGCGUAUGGUUGAGCAACACCAGAGUCACUCCGGCAACCAGACGGGGCCUCGAAACCUUUGACAAAAGUGAAAAGAUUUAAUUAAAUUUAUUAUAUGCAGAGUAUGAUCACUGGUCGGGAAAAAGUUAUUUGUCAUUAUCUGCUUUUAAACUGUUAAAAUCCAUCAGGUAAAAAAAUGUUUACAGACGUAGUGAAGGUCCUAAUUAAUAUUUGUACUAUUGAGGUCAAAUUAAUAAACUUGAAGUGCUCUAAAUAAACUGAAUUUAGAGACUAAA